AUGCUACUUCUGUUCACAGUGAUGAAGUUGAAGAUUCCUGCUGCAGUUUGUUACAUCAUGGUCAUCAUGUCUGGGGUCAACUUCCUUAAUACUCCACUCAACCUGGCAACUAUGUCACUGGAACGUUACAUUGCAAUUUGCUUUCCACUACGACAUGCUGACCUUUGUCGAGUAGAGCGGUCAAGGAUAGUCAUUUUUGUCAACUGGAUGCUUGCACUCUUACCAUAUGUUAUGGAUAUGUAUUUUCUACUUACCUCUAAGCAAAUUAUUAUAUUCUCCCAAACAGUGUCAUGUAGUAGGGAUGCACUCAUUUUCACAUCUGCCCAAACUACAAUACGGACACUAGCCCAUACCAUUUACUUUAUACUAGUUGGUUCAGCAAUACUUUUUACUUACAUAAAAAUUAUGCUGGAGUCUAGAAAAGUUACAGCUGAUAAGGCUUCUGUUUCAAAGGCCCGAAAGACAGUAACACUUCAUGCCGUUCAACUUGGAUUAUGUCUUGGAGCUUUUGCUUAUCCACUGUUAGAGGCCCUGCUAAACAAACUAAAUGACUGGCUCAGGGAAAAUUUAUCUUAUGUGAACUUUUUCAUUUUUAUGCUGAUCCCAAGAUUUCUCAGCCCUCUGAUUUAUGGCCUGAGGGAUGAGACCCUCAGAAGCUACAUGAAACGAUACAUGCCAUGUUAUUCUUCAAAAAUAUCUACUGCUGCAGGAUGCAAGUAG